GUCCCAACUGUCGGUCGACAUUCUUCGGGAAGAACCCAAGGGAACUGUUAGUCAGGUUCGAAAUUGAAUGUAAAAAAGAUAUUGACGAACCAAAAAAUUAAUCGGGUCGUCCGGCCGAAUUUUCAUUUCCGAUAUCGAGUGACGCGAAUUUCGUGUAAGCCCGAGAAUAUUUUGAGUCUGCGAUAAAAAAAAAACGAGAAGAGUUCUCGAAGCGUAAUAAUCGGAACAUCGAAGAAUGAAGGGUGCUCUAGUUUUGUGCGCGAGUUUGGUGCUCUGCUCUGUCGGGGUCGACGCUAUCGGCAAAUAUCGGGGAUUGGAAUUCCUCGAACCAUGUUCGAGAAGGGAUCCGCAUCUAGAAGCUUGCUUGGCACAUUCGGCUAACGUUCUCGCCGAACAUUUUAAACACGGCUUACCCCAGCUCGGCUACAACGAAGUCGAACCGAUAAUCUUGGACGAACUCCACAUCGCUCUUGGCGGCGGACCCGACGGAUACAGAGCGCAGUUCAAGGAAGUCGAAGCUAAGGGAGUCUCGGCGCUACGCGUCACCGGACUUAGGGCCAGGAUGACCGACGACGAGGUACAAAUUCAACUCGCCCUCAGCAUACCUCACAUAAGGGCGAAGGCGAACUACAGAUCCAGCGGGAAGCUUAUUUUGGUCCAAGCGAGCGGCGCCGGUGAUUAUUGGGGCGAAUAUGAGGGAGUGAAAGCCAAAGUAUUCAUCAGAGCUAAACCGACUCCGAUCGGCGGAAGGAAAUAUCUUCAUCUUCAGCAACUCAAGAUGGAUUUCAGCGUGCAAAAUAUCCGUAUGGGGGUCGACAACGUCCACGACGGGAACACCAUACUCCAAGCAGCCCUCAAUCUUUUCAUCAACAGUAACAGUCAGGAACUUCUGAAAGAGAUGAAACCAGAUCUACGGCGCAAGCUGGUUCAAGUUAUGACCGCUUUUGUCGAGAAAUUAUUCGCCCAGGUACCGUACGACGCAUGGAUCGAAGAUUAAACGGGAAGUGGAAAAGUCGGAAGUCAUCCCAACAACAAAACAGAAAACAAACGAACCAACCAACCAACCCAGGAAAAAAAAAAAACAAACAAACAAACAAACUAAAAUACGGGAAACAAAAAACGAAAUGAAGCUCUCAAUUCCUACGAAAUAAAAGCGUAUGUGUUGCGACGCGGUAGGGAUUCGUCAGCGCAAAUCAACCCUUAUAGGAAUCGAGCUGGAUAUUGAGUGACGUCAUAGAUACAUUUUAUGCGCUACACGUUGGGUAAUUCUAACAAUUUGAAAAAGGAAGAUUCGCGUUCUCAGUCCCGGACAGGGUCUCUUCGUUAGAAUCACCGUAUAUCAGCUGCUGGGCGGUAUUGCCUCGGAAUGAAAAUGGUUAUCCAGUUCCAAGAUGGCGCUGAUUUUUCUGCACAGCUGUUAUCGUUGCGAAGGAACCUAGAAUUGUCGUAAUUAUGUUCGUGAGGACGUUCUUCGAGGGGAAAAGAAAAAGUGGAACAUCAUUCGGUCCCGCUUACCGUAGAACGGAAGCUGUUCAAUUAGCGUCCGUCUGUUUCCGAUUUUCUAUAUUUUUCCACAGUGGACACAGCUCGCGAAGCCCGUCGUUGACCUGCGUGAAUUUUUUCAUCAUACCGUUCGGUGUGACGCACUUAACAAAGCCUUGCCAAAUUUACUCGCGAUUAAACGCAAUUCCUACAGGAUCAGGGAAUCAGGGCAAUCUCAAUUUUUCUGUUAUUUCAAUUUCUUUGUUGUGAUCUUUUUGUUAUUCUCGCUCGUCGAUAUACAUUUCACCUUCGUGUGAUUUUCGCAGUUCAAUUAUUUUAUGAAUGUACGCGUGUAUGUUGCCGCAGUUUCUGAACGCAAGUUUUUAUCGCCUUUGGAAUAAAAAUUUUGCAUUUUUGGUGCGCAACGUUAGAAUAAGGGGAAGCUUUAUUAUCGUGCUUGAUCAUUGUGCGAUUACCAUGCGAACAUGACGAGCACGCAAUCUAUUCGCUGAUUACGUAUCAACUCAGAAUUAGCUCAUCUUCAAAAUAUUCAUUUCAUUCUUCGAAUGUCAGAAUCAUCGUUUAUCACAAAUCUCACAUUGUCCGCAUCAGAUUCUUGACAAAGGGUGCUUCUCAUUGAUCAAUUUUUGAAAAUUUGCAAUCGAGGUUGAAAUGAAAAAUUUCGUACGUCAAUUUUCACUGUUGCACCGAUGAGAAUCACCACUCAUUGCCAGUGUAUUUUUCUUAUGAUUAAAAAAAAAAAAAAAAAAAAAACUUAUCUCGUUAGGAUCAUCACUGUGUAUCUAGCAUUAGGGCGAUUGUAUUUUUCUGUAACUUUUUGUACGUGUGUAUUUAUUGAAUAAAUUUUACAAGAAAAUUA